GCAUUUACACAUUGAAGCUUUUGAUUGGUUGCCUAGAAAAGCGGCUGACUAGCCGUGUGAUCUGUCCAAUUUAGCCGAAAAUUUCGCGAAAAUAUUAAAAUGAUCAAAUAAAACAAGUGGUUAACGUUUAUUCAAAGGGCCCAAGUUAAUGCAUCGAACAUGCUGUCGAGAUUGUUAGGAGAAUUUCUUUUAUUUCUCGUACAUUUGAUUGUAAACGUACUUGUUGCUGUUCAGAAUGUUUAUCACCAAUUUUGGGCUAAGAGGGAUGAUUUACCAACGUGUGAGCUGACGAAGAGGGACAUCAGUGUUGUCAUGGAACAUGUGCCAAGAUUGAGAAAGAAGUUGCAUCAUCUGGUGGUGCUGGCCCACACGGAGUACCACUCUCUCAACGAUCUAGCACGAGUUGUGAUCUGGAGUCUCGUGGCCGGGAUACCGUACGUCAGCUUCUAUGACGUCACAGGUAAUCUAAAGCAAGAUGAGGAAAAACUGUUUCAUAAAAUUGAACAGCACAAGAAAGGUGUUCCUGGCUAUAUUAAAUGGGCAAAUAAACCAGAUUUAAAUGGUUAUACCAAUGGUAUAAAUGCGCACACAGUGAUUGUCAAUGUAUUUAAUUCUUGUGACGGAAGACCCAAAAUCGCGCAGUGCGUGAGUCAAAUUUCUGGAGAGAAUAGUAGUAUAGAAAACUUUAAAGAACUCACAGUAGAAGAAUUGAAUUAUAGACUUAACCUCAUGUACCCUUCCAUUCCAGACCCAGAUUUAGUUAUUUAUACAGGACCAGUGUGCCGUACAAGUGGUUUUCUACCAUGGCAAAUUAGGCUAACAGAAUUUAUACAGUUAUCGUUAGACCAUAGUGUAAAUGUUAAGAAUUAUAUAGGUGCUCUGUAUAAGUAUAAUAAAUGUGAUCAAAGGUUUGGUAAAUGAAAGUUUGUAACUAACUAGUGCUAGGCCUAAGUGUUAUGGUUAGGUAAUUAUUUAUUAUUUUAACAUCCCAUAUAGCAAUUGAAAUUAAAUAUCACAAAUUAUGGCAACAAGUUAAAUUAUUAGAAAACUUUUUUAAACUAAUAUGCAUGGCCUUAUUGUCGUCAGUUCAGUAAUACUAAGUA